AUGGACUAUUAUUAUGUGCCGCCUGGUGGUGGUCUCCCAAUAUAUUAUUUGUACGGAGUCUGUCUCCCAACCUGGCUGGUCAAGUCACGGAGCCCGUUGGCUGACGCCCAGUGUCGCCCUCAGUAUCGCCGACAACAAUCCUUAGCCUCUUGUUCGCAGCCCGUGCCGCUGCCUAGUUGGAAAUCUCUUGACGGGUUGGCCAGUCUGGGCCAGUCCAUGGCAACACCCCGCUAUGACGAGGUCUACCCCUCCUUCCUACAGUCGUUGGGCAGUAUCCGGAGAUUAUCUCCCGGCUCGGACCGGAUCGAAGAGGGAGAAAAUAAGACGGAGUGCAGGGGACGGACGGGGGCCUCCAGGGAACCGAAUUCGUGCGCAAGCUACGCUAGGCGCGUGCCUGCCAAAUCCGGAUAUGGCAAAUUACUGCCACCCACCGGAGUCUUCGUCGCGGCAGCUAUUCAGUGA